AUGUUCAACAAACUUUCUAUCGUCGCUUUGUUGUUAGCCGUCAGCUCUCCAGCUUUCGUAAACGCUUCUAGUGACAGAAUCAAGAUUAAUAAAUCGUCCUGUAUUGGAGAUAUCAAUGUAUUCGGUGAUGUUUUCAAAGCCUAUUGUCCAACUUACAAAGCAAACGAUCCUGCAUACUCGUUCAAAGCGGUAUACUUCAAUGCUCCAGAAGGUGAAACCGAACAAGCAUACGCUUUCUGUAGUUACACCGAAGUCGCUUCUAACACUACCGAGCUCUUUACCGAAGAAGUAGCUCAAGCUUUAGGUGGAGGGAAAGCUUAG